UUUUGCCAAUCCGCGAGAUUAAUAGCUUCGCACAAAAGACUGAGGACCAAAUAACAAAGCCAUGCGGUAAAACAGUGAAGCGAAGGAAAAAAACAACAGUCCAAUUAACAAAACUAACAAAAAAGCAAUGUCUCAGUUACAAUCUACACCAAGACCAGGGGUAAAAAGAACUGCUCGUCAGAAAAGUAAGGGUGUGAAAAGAAGGAAGCGCAAAUCCCCAAAAGAAAAUCAUGAACUUGACAGCUCAAUGGAAGCAGAUAAAAGCGAUUCUUCUGACAAUGGCGAAAUUGAUUGGACAAAGUUAGAAGCUGAUCUCGAGGAAAAUGCAGCCAAGGCAAACCUUACGGCUAUCAAUGUGAAGACUAUACUUCACCAUAUUCUGAAAGACAAAAGAGUGAUUGAAUAUGCACAAACAGCUGCCGGUAGCAGUAAUUCUUGCCCUGAUGAUGGUUUAAAAAUGACACGUGCUAAAGCUCGUAUGCUUGGUCAUGAACCUCUAAUAAUUUCAAAGGAAGAGACAGAUCCAAAACCAACGAUCCUUGACCUACAAUUUUCCUCUGAAACUUCUUCCGAUGAAGAAUAUGAACCAAAGGAUGAUGACGAAGAAACUUCUCAAGCCAGUGAUGAAGACUUGUCAACCUUCAGUGAUUUCCUAAGUGAUGCAGCAUCCCCACUUUUACGAACGCCAGCAUCAAGUGUAGCAGAUCUUGACACCAUUCUUGAAUCUGAUGACACUGAAAAAGUUGUCACUCCAAGAAACCAAAGUUUUGUUCCUAAUAACUCUGUUAGUGAAGCUGUUAAAAAGCCUGGGUCUGCGAAAAAAAAGCUGUUUAAGUUACCAGAUCCACCAGUAAAAUCUCAGGAAGAAAUCGAUUUGAUCGCAACUCGGACCAGAUCACGUUUUCCAAUGCCGAAUGUUGAAGUAGAGGAACUUGAGGCAGCUUUUAAGCCACCUGACUCAACAGCUUUAGAUUUUAGCGUCAAGCAUCCUGAUGACCCUGAUGAAGUUAUUUGGAUGAACUGGCUGUCUGACUUCACCAAGCCAAUAAAAGCACUAAAUGACACAGCUGAUGAAGAUCCUAAUGAUGAAGAUUUUAACUACAUGGAGGCUGCAGAUGAAAAUGAUACUGAAGUGGAGACAGAAGAGCUUCGGGAUGAUAAAGCAACACGUGUUACACAAAAGGAGCUUCAAGAACUUUUCAAUGAGCUUUUACUUGGUUUCGAUCAGGAAAAACAGCAGGAUAUGCAUUGCGAGCAAUAUUUUGAAAACUGGGAUCAAGAACUUAAAGUAAAAUCUGAGGAAUACUUGCCAAAUUAUCCCGACAUUACAAAGGAUCUUGAGCUGACUUUUGGACAAUAUCAACAAAUUACUGCACAAAUGCAGCAGCACAUUCAACUUCUUACGCAAGUUUAUCUGUUAUCUUGUACCAAUUCAUCACUAAAAGAAGAGACAAUGCUGUGUAAGCAGUACAUUGAGGAACUUGCAAUGUUUCAUAAUAAAGCAAUUGAAAAUUCUAAAUGUGACAUUGGUCAUGUCCAAGCUGAAUACUCAACAUUUUGUACGCCUGGAAUAACUGAUGCUUACAGAUUGAUCAAGUCACUGAAUGGCGCAAAGAUUGUCACCAAAGUUUCGAAAACAAAAACUAGCUAUUAUCAAGUGAAUGAAACAAUCGCUCAAUUAAUUACAACAGAGCCAUAUUUUGCAACAUACAUCGAGUUACUUCCUGAACAAGGCAUGCAACAGAUUAAUGGCGGAACUGCAAAACAUUCUUCUUUCAGGCGGAUGAAAUUUAUAAAAGUAGAAGACAAUCUUUUAGCCAUCGGCAUUAAUCAGUUCAAGGGAAAAGAUAAAUUUGUUUUGAUAGCUGAACACUUGUUGCCAACAAAAACACCAAAGCAACUAGAAGUAAGAGUAAAGAACUUAUGUUCCAGUCGAGAGGAAUGCAAUCCAGUUGCUGUUGUGAAGAAAGAAAACUUUUUGCCUGAAUUACAUACAAAAGUUAAGAUUACAGUACCCAGAGCUAUCUCAUCUGUACCGCUGUAUAAACUUCCCCGACGUGUUUGGAAGGGAAGGAUUGCACCGCCCUGGUUUCUGAAAGAAAACAAAAAAUUACAAGUGGCAGAGUCUGCCAAGAUAAAAGCAGAAGAAGUUAAAGCUCACGAGACAAGAAACAAUCUGUUUAAUUUGGUGUCGAAAGAUGAAAUUUGUGCGGAAGGAAAGGUAAUGACGCCAACUAGUUUCAUGACCCAAUCAAAACUCACUCCACCAGUAGACCAACCACACACUUCGCAAUAUCCCAAUGUAAUGCAAAGCCCAAUAGAUGUGUCAGCAUCAAAACAUGUGUCAGCAUCAAAACAUGUGAUAUUGACGCCUGUUGGGGCACAAAUCUCAUCACCAAGAAUAAUGAUUACUCCUAUAGGGAUAUCACCAUCAGCCAAUAUAAUAAUUCCCCCAAUGUCAUUAUCAUCAAAAAAUGGUAUAACCACACCUGUAAGCCUGUCGUUAUCAGAGCGGAAGUCUGGCACUACAUCAACACCAAACUGUUCACUGCCAUCAGCAUCGAGGAGUAACACUACUCAAUAUAAUUUAACUGUUGGUGCAACUCCAUCUGCUCUACAUAGUAAUAAUGCUAAUGAAUUAUCAAUUACUGUCGUAAGUGACUCUACUAAUGCUAAAUAUAAUUGUAUAGAUGAGUGUUCAACACUGCAGGAAGACGUGACCACCCACAGUCAAAGCAACUUGUCUGUGCUCACAACUCCAGUGAAAAGGAAUAAUUCAAAUGACAGUUUUAAUUUACCCUUUACUCAACUGAUUAAAGAUCUACCUAGCCCUAAGGCAUGUCCACAGCUUACAUUGACUCCAUCAAAACCUCUGCACGAGACGUCUUUCAGUGAAGUUAAACAACUGUUGAAAACACCAAAGAAACAAACUGUUGAUAGUGUACCUUUGCAUUCAGCUGAAGUGAAAGAGUUACUAAAAACUCCUAAGAAACCAGAAGGUUGCGACACCAAAGUUAAACAGGUAUUAGCCGUUCUGCCAAAAGAGGAUGAAGAUUACGUUCAAGCUGUAGUCCUUGAUGAAGCAGAGCAAAAUGAUUCUACUGAUGAUCAAUGCGAUGCAACUGACGAAGCAAAAAAUGCAGAGACAAAAAUAGGUGCUACAAGUGAAAGAUCUAAAGUCAAUAAAACUUCACCUAGUAGUCGUGAUGUGCAAGUUUUGGAUACCCCAAAGCUGAAUUCUGUGGAGGUCAGGAAAAAGAAAAAGGUUGUGAAAAGGAAGAAAAAGAGCAAACAGAACACUGCUGUCUUUGAUUACGAAGCCAGGUUGAAACAGAAAGCGAAAGACUUUGCAAACAUCUACUUCAACCGAGUAAAAGAGGUGUUGAAACAUGAACCUGUUGUGUGUAUUAAGUUUUUCGAACUGAUGGAGACUGUUAACUCUGACAAGCUUACAAAGCUGGAGACAUAUUAUAAGGUGGCAGACUUGCUUUCGGAUUACCCGCAACUGGUGGACAACUUUGCCGGGUUUUUAGAGCAACACGAAGCAAGACAUGUAGGAAAGUUUAUGCAGUGGCUUAUGUAUAAUCAAGUGAUCCAAUUCCACUUGUCGUGUGAGCAGUAUUUCUUCUCAACCGAAGGCUGGUAUUGGAAAAUCAUACAGAAAAUAAUUGAGGUAACAGAAUUCGAGAAAGACUCUCAGAAAAUUGUAGAUGCCAUAACUCCGAUGUUUAAAGGGAACCAGGAGUUGACAGAUCAAUUCAUCCGACUCUUUCCAGAUCUUCCUCCACCGGCUUGCAAUGAUGAAGACUUUGAAGUCAUCGACUUUGCGGCUGUUUCGGCAGGCGUAAAAGAGAUCGACGACUUUGAAGAGAUCGCGUAUCAACCACCGGAAGGUGAUGUUUUAUCGCACGACGAAACAAAGUAUCGUAAAAAAACCGACCAAUCACACUUAAAGAAGGAAGGGCUGGCGUUUGCUAAGAAAAAGUCUAACACAAGCAUCACAGCAAGUAAGCUGCGCCAACAAGCUAGUAAACGUAAAAACAAAUCCUGGAAGUCGCAAAUAUACCCCAACUCCCAGAUCAAGCUGCAUAACUCUGGGGCUGACUUGUCUUGUUAUGAAACAUCUAACGAUGGAGAUAUCCUCAACCUAUCAGAAAGUGAGAAGGAACAAAGUAUUGUUGUGGUGACUGAACCUUUCGAGAAGAAGGAUACACACGACGUAUCAAAUAUUACAAAGAAUGACGGCACAGCGAUGGAAAUAAAAGAGAAUGACGAAGAAAAAAGUUCGAAGCCCGUCAUUGUUGAUAAUUUGAAGUCUGUUGUUGAAGGUGAUUGUUUGGAAGAGUUACCUACUGUGCCGGUCACAACGCUAACUCAACAAGCUGUUGACAAGCCGGAUGACAUAGAUCAUAUUUCGGAUUUAGAGAAGGCAGGUGACCUGGAAAACAAAGUGGAAGAAGACAAAGCAAAAGGAGAACCAAUUGAAGAUACUCCAGCUCAGAGAGGCUUCUCAAUUUUAUUGCAAGACACCCAAGACAAUGUGUCAGAACUUUCAACAAAUAGAUCUUCUGCAUCGAGUAAGGAGGAGUAUUCGAAAGACAUCGACUUUGCUGUUGUAUCUACAAAGCAAUUCAUCGAGACUAACAUCAUAGAAAUAUCAUCUGACACAGUCAGUUUAGAAAGAGAAGCAGCUGUCAUCGUAGGUGAAUACCAGCACGAAAAACAUCAUGCGUUGCUUAAUAAAGUGAAGCAGGAAGCUCAAAGCGAUGUGGACGUCGAAGUGGAAGACAUCAUGAAACACCCAAUACCAGCCAUACAGAUAUCAACACCGAAAGUGAAGUUCACCUCGCCUGCUCUUUACGUAGGCCAGAUACACAAUGAAGACGCUCAGUUUAACCUGAACUUCAAAAGCUCUGACCACCCCAAAGUGGAAAUGUUAGUAAAUCAUCCUGAGAUUGAUGGACAAGAUUUGACCUUUGGGAAUUUAUCUAACGUAACCUCUAUUUUGUCGAAAGCACCGUCCGGAGUCGAAGCUGAGAAAGCUUUCAUAACUGCGGAGAAAUCAAGUUAUGGUAACGUCACGUGUGAGUUAACGUUUCCUGAUCCUAUAGCAACAACGGAGACAAACGAAAGUGAUUUAACAUUCAAAGGAAAGAUAUCUCCUGUCAAAAGAAGGAUUACGAAAUCGGAGAUCAUAACGCUGGAAACAAAAGACAACAUGACCCACGAUGAUUUGCACGCAUCGGAGGAUUUUGCAAGUUUUGUAAAUCAGUCUGUUUCGCCAGCACCUUCUGAAGUUACGCUAAAGAAGGAAGGUGUGGAUACGUUAGAGGUGAAAAACGUUGAAACAGAUGAUAGCGUACCACCACCGUCUGUUGAAUACACGCCGACGGAAGUAAUUGUUUGGACCGAAGGUGAAGAUAGGUUAUUACUACACGCUGUGGCCAAAGAAGAAGGAAGGUUGUCAGACCACGUGGUAAAUGAAGUUUCGCUGGAGACUGGAAAAACUCCUGAACAGAUUAAGAAUCGGAUCGAGCUUUUGCUGCAAAACUUUCAAGAUGACAGCGAAGCGACAGGCGAUGAAGAGGAUGACGACGAUGAUGGCGAUGAAUACGAUGAACAUGUUGUGACAAAAGAACAUCAAACGUGACCAUCAGCACACUUGUUGACAAAAUCGAAAAUCACGACAAAUAUUUGCGGGUGGAGAGUUGUGUUGUUAUUGGAAACAUAAGAUUGUAUUUGUUCAUAAAUCUCCAGGUGACGUCGAUCGCAGGCGAUCUAGAAUUUUUGCGCGAGUCAUAAAUGAGUAAUGAAGAAUCAAAAGUGACAGUGUAUGUUAUAUAGAUGACAUAAUAUAUUUAUAUUUAUAUAUAUAUUUAAAUUUAAGUUUGUACGAUAUGUUUAUAUUGUUUAUAUUGUGAGUGUUAAUUACUUUCUUGGCAUUUACAGACUUUUUUCCUUAAAGAAUUUCCUUUCUAUGAAUAUUCUAUUAAAGCAGUGUAUUGUUACGUAUAUUUGUUUAUGGUGCUCCUUAAAGAGCUAUUCAUUUUGUCUUUAUUCUAAGUUUUUAAGUGUUUUAGAGUUUUUUUCCCACACAGUAAUGUCAAUAUGAUAAUAA